GUUUGGUCUUUACUACUUGGUAAUCAAUUGGGAAUAACUCAAGAAUUAUUCGAUACUUGUCUUAGUCAAAGUAAACACCAUAUUGAAACAAAUAUCAUUCAAUAUUCUGGUAACAUUCAAUACGACAUAAGAAAUUCUAAUCCAAGUGUAUAUCAGUCAUUAUUUAAUUUAAGCAACAUUGAAAAUGAUUUAUUUCAUUGUGUUGUAUGCAAUUUUAUAUUCAAUAAAUUAAAUACAAUGCCAAUUAAACGUGAAUUUACACAUGCUCCUAUUGUUAUUGGUAAUUUGACAAAUUCCCGUCAACAUUAUACAAACAGUUCUAUUGAAAGACAAGAAGAAGACGAAGAAAAAGAAGGAGCGGUUAAUUCAACAAACUCUUUCAAAAUAGAUCCAUUAGAUUUUGAACAAUCGAAUUGUGCAGGUAGUUUGGUCUUUGUACUUGUGUUAUUACUUUUAUGUACUACUAUGAAAGGUUUGACAAAUGAAUUAAACUUUGGUAUCUAUUAUUGA